AGGCAGAGAACUGCAACAAGUGGCACGAUGGAAUCGCUGUCUGUUUAUCAUGGGGCAAUCAGCCGAGAGACGUGCGAGAAGCGCCUAGGUGAGGCGGGCAGAGAUGGCAGCUACUUAAUUCGAGACAGCGAAAGCGUCCCCGGUGCUUACUGCCUCUGUGUCCUGUGCAAUGGCUAUGUCUACACUUACCGCUUACAGCAAAACAAUGCAGGCUCCUGGGCCGCAGAGACAGCACCUGGUCAACAGAAACGCUUGUUUCGUAGAGUGAAGAAUUUGAUAAGUGCUUUUGAGAAACCAGACCAAGGCAUUGCCAUUCCCCUACUCUACCCUGUGACUGUUCAAAAUCAUUCAUAACAGCCCGAAUACAUCCCAAAUAAACCCUUCAGCAUAAGGAGCAUGGAAGAAGAAACUGAAUUAUAUUGACUUAUUAUGAUUUGUUGUUAUUAUUAUUAUUAUUAUUAUAAGACUCAGAUGGAUUUUUGACUCAAAAUUUUCUGUAAUAAUCAUGAUUCUAACAAACUAAAUCCAUACCCUGAUAUGUAUAUAUUUUAUGCUGGGCAUUUGUCUAAAAAAAAACAGGAGAGUAGAUAAUUUGUGAUUGGUGAUUGUACAGAAGGCGGUGAUAUGGUAAUAUGUUCCUUCUAUUUGGCUUCUAGAGUCAGUGAAACCUAAAACUGUGUCUAUAAAUGCAAUAGAAAAAUACAAAAUAAAUACUAACUUUAAGCUGAUAUGAAA